CACGUGGCAACCAUGAUGCAUAUGCGUUUUGUCUUCCAGCUUCCAGGUCUCCAUCGAAGCUGACAACCAACGACAUAGGCAACCUUCUCAUACAUAAGCUUUGUCAAGCGGACCUGAGCUCAAGAAGCGGAGCAAUUCAUGUUAUUCUACCUUUCCCUUUUCGCAGCCCUGGCAUUAUUGGUGAUGGUGGGCUACCGCUACCGUACGACUCUCCCCACCAGAGUUAGGGCUUUCUUCCCGGGCCUUAACCAUUACACGCCGCUUGCCUCCUUUUCUGACCAGGCACACGCAGGGUUGAGCUCUCCGAUGUUUGACAUCGAGUCAGCCAACAUCGCUGAGGGAGAUUCGAGAGCGGGAAUGGAUGAGCAGGGAACGCAGGAGGUGCUGGACAUCAUGCGGACACAACGGGUCAAUUUCGACCAAGCAAGAUUGAUUCGCCACAACCAAAUCCUUGCUCGCAAUGGGAUCGAUCCCUCAGGCAUGCCACUUGAUUCAAAGGCUGUUACAAGGCUGUGAUCAUUCCAGCCUCUCACUUUCACUUCCAAUAUUGUUCAUACUAUGACUGACACAUCGCUCCUUCGCCUUCUCACAUUUGCAGACCUUGGAUUUAUCUCAUACUCAUGUGUAUUUAUUUGCAUUGAACAUGAUGUUGUUCUAGUUGAUUU